AUGGAUUCAAAAUGCAUCCACCCACUGCUCGAAGAUAAUAGCCCGUUCAUCCCAAAGCUCCAACGCAUCGUAGAAAGGUUUAAGAAAGCUCUUCUCAACGUAGAAAUCAAACAUACUUUCUACGUCAUCAGCAAGCUCACACACGAAAGGGACCAUGUAAGAGUGAUCCUAGAAUCAAAUGUGGGUGAUGAAAUUCUUCAUGAGUUUCUAUCAACACAACAGCGAUCAUAUGACAACAGGAUGCACACACAACAACGCACAAUAGGUGCCAAACUGAAUCGUCUGAUCGCACAAACGUCAGCCUACUACGAUGCAACUCCGUCACUGAAUGAAAAAGCAGUGACAAACGCAACCAAUCUCAGUGUACCGAUCGAAAUGCAGACACUGUUAAGCUUAGGUCCAAAAUUCGCUCUUCCGACUAAUGAACGAUGUCCAAAUGCAUUCUAUCAUUUUAUUGCUGACAUAGAAUCCAUUCUGAACCAAUCUCCCGACAAAUCAGUUCAAGAUCGCAACAGAUGCCAAGUCGUAACACACAUCCAAAACCACCUAGCUCGAAACAAGUCAGAUAGUUACCAAGCCCCAGUACAAAAGUUCUGUGAACAGGCCGUAAAAAUCACGCGCAGGUUUCUCGCUGAACAUGACAACGUCAUAGCUUUAGAAUCAGAUAAAGGCAAACGGAUGGUUAUAAUGUAUCGCGAACAAUAUGACACCAAAAUGCUUGCACUACUAAACGACGACACGUACAAAGUUGUCCCUAGAGACCCGACAUCAAAAUUCCAAACUCACAACAACAACAUCAUCAAGCGUCUUUUAGACCUCCAUCUAAUUGAUGCGCCAACCUAUAGGAAGUUAAAAACAACCACAUCCAUCUGCCCAAGGAUAUACGGCCAACCUAAGGCACACAAGCCGGACCUACCUUUACGACCAGUCGUUCCUAACAUGACCUCACCCACAUACCAUCUAUCAAAGUACAUAGCAUCAAUACUCAAACAAUCUUCAAGGGGACAGUUCAACAUAACCGACAGCUUCGAUUUUGUAAAUCAUAUCAACAGAGUUACACUUCCACAAGGAUACGUGCUGGUAUCUUUUGAUGUGGUCUCCCUCUUCACGAACAUACCCAAGGACCUCGUCAUCCGUGAUAUAAUCACAAACUGGGAUGAUAUCCAACAAGCCACGAACAUAUGCUUGGACUUACUGUUGGAAAUGGUAGAAUUCUGUUUGGACACAUCCUAUUUCUGUUUCCGGAACAAAUUCUACAUUCAGACAUUCGGUACAGCCAUGGGCAGUCCACUGUCUCCAAUUCUAGCUGAUAUAGUUAUGGAUAGCCUCCUACACACGGUGAAUCGACUAGUACCGUAUCCCAUGCCGGUUCUUAAAAAAUAUGUUGACGAUUUAAUACUCGCACUACCAGAAGAUAAAAUCCAUGAAGUCCUGGAUAUCUUCAAUGGCUACAACCCACAUCUCCAGUUCACCGUAGAAAAAGAAUCCAACAACAAGCUUCCGUUUCUAGACACGCUCAUUACCCGACACGAAGACCAGACUCUCAGCACCAGCUGGUAUUCCAAGCCCAUCGCAUCUGGACGACUGAUGAAUUUCCACUCUUUCCAUCCAACUACAAUGAAGAUAAACAUAGCAUCAAACUACAUAGACCGAGACAAUAACCAAACCUACGACCAAUCACCGAUCACAACCCAACUAUCUUCACCUGUUUCGCAACCAUCAUCAUGCCAUCAACAUAGCUCAACCACAUCACCACAACAUCAAAUGGAUCCGAACAGCAUCAAUUCAGCAACAGCUAACAUGACUUCCGCUCCAAACUCCAUCAGCAUCCAAAAUCCACAUCUGCCAACACAAACCGCCUACAAAUCGAUUCCGUUCAUCCCCCAGCUGACCACCAACAUCGCACACUGCCUUAAAAUUGACUAUCCACAGGUAAAAGAUCCAGUCCCCAUAACACAUCAUUAA